AUGUGUGAUGACGAUAAUGAGACUAGCGAGGAUGAGGAGCCAGCGAGUCCUCAGUCAGAGUCAUCUGAGGGUGGAGACGACGACACCGGCUCGGGUUCUGAGGGUGGUGACGAUGCGGAGGAGGGCUCCAAGGAUGGAACCGGAGGCAGCUCUGGUUCAAGCUUCGGCUCAGAUUCGGACAGUGGCGCCGAUAGCGAUAGCUCUGAGUUCACUCUACCGAGGAAGAGGACGAAGAGGGCCUCUCGAUCCGGAGAUGACUGGCGUCGAUUCAGAUAUCACUUGGCAGCCGUGGGCGGUGUUGCCCGACGCGGUGAGGGAUCGAUAUGCGGGCGCUCAGGAGAUUGCCCGAUUCAGGAUUCUACUAGAGGGCCCAGUCUGCUGUGUUUGGUACUUCGGGGAGCGCUUCUUGCGGCAGACCUUGGGCAUGCCAGUGCAGCCAGUUCUAGCGCCUCCUCCUACCCACGCGAGGCCCCAUUCAAAAUACCGGCUGCAGGGGGUGCUCCAGGAGGACCGUCUAUAUCUACCCGAGCAGCGGGGAGAGUAGGGCGAGGGGCCACAGUACGCCCCCGUACCAAAGCCGGGUGUACUCACGUUGGGAGCAGCUCACGGGCACUGAUUCCAGACGACGAUGAGUCUGAGGCAGAGGUGGAUUCAUCUGAGGGUGAGACUGGGGAUGGCUCGGGCUCGGGCUCAGAUGACGGAGCUGACGGUGAUACUCCUGGACCUUCGUCCAGGAAGAGGACGCGGACAGACUCUUGUGCCUAA